UUAUCAGCUCGCUGUCAGCAGAGAUACUCUCCCGAAUAAAAAAAAUAAUUUAUUUUAUUCCCCUUUUCCCUGUUCCAUCUCCCAAAUCCUUUCACCCUUCUUUCACUUUCCCAAUUUUUAUUAAAAAACUUUCUGUAUUUAUUCCAUUUAUGUCUGUUUUCUUCCCUUUGUUUAUAGAGCUGGGUAUGUUUUCUUUGGAUUUCUAGAGAAUUACCUAUCUCGGUUUUAAUCAUUUAUUUUGGACAACCAGCUGAAGUUACUUGUUUUGGGGGCGGUUCAAAAUCUGUCAUUUUCAGAUUAAUUCUUGACCCCUUGUUGCUUUUUGAAAAGCUGAAGUUUUUUUGGGUUCAAAUUUAUCCUUUUGAGUUGCUUUCGAUCCUUUCUUCUCCCCUUUUUGUGUUGAUUUCUGCUGGACUUUUUUAGCAAGUUGUGCGAGCUGUAAGUGGAAAAAACAAAAAGAAAACAGAGAUUGGAGUUGGUUUGCUCUCUUUGGUGAUGUUUUUUUUUUGGUGGGUUAUAGCAAUUUGUGAGCUUUUAGUGUAAAAAUAAAAGAAGAACAGGAGAUUGGGUCUGAUUCCCCCCCUCUUUGGUGAUUAUUUUUGGUGGGUUUUUUAGCAAACUGUGAGCUUUAGUGGGUAAACAAAGAAAAUAGAGAUUUGGGUUUCUUCCUUUGGGAGUCAUGAGGAGAUCGUACGUGAUGCUGGGUUUAGCUAUUUCAUGGAUCUUAGUGAUGGUGGGUUCAGUGAACGCCAUAGGAGCUAACUGGGGAACACAAACAAGUCACCCUCUAUCACCAUCAAAAGUGGUGCGAAUGCUUAGAGAUAAUGGAUUUCAGAAAGUAAAGCUCUUUGAUGCAGAGGAUGCAACUCUCAAUGCGUUGAGGAAGACUAACAUUGAGGUGAUGGUUGGGAUUCCGAAUGAGUUGCUGAGGAGUUUGGCGACGAGUAUGAAGGCGGCAGAGAACUGGGUUGCGAAGAACGUCUCGGGUUAUGUUAGUGAUGGGGUUAACAUCAGGUACGUUGCAGUUGGAAAUGAGCCAUUCCUGAGUUCAUUCAACGGCAGUUUCCUCCAAACAACAUUCCCUGCCCUCCAAAACAUCCAGAGUGCGCUCAUCAAAGCAGGCCUUGGCAACCAAGUCAAAGUCACCUGCCCCCUCAACGCUGACGUCUACCAAUCUCCCUCUGGCCAACCCUCCGAUGGCGAUUUUCGCUCUGAUAUCCGCGACCUCAUGCUAACAAUCGUAAAAUUCCUCAGUGACAAUGGCGCCCCCUUCACCGUCAACAUCUACCCCUUCAUCAGCCUCUACAGUGACGCAAACUUCCCUGUCGAUUAUGCAUUUUUUGACGGCACGUCAUCCGCUGUAGUAGACGGCGGAGCUACGUACAACAACAUGUUCGAUGCGAAUCAUGAUACUCUCAUUUGGGCUUUGAAGAAGAACGGGUUUGAAAAUUUACCCAUAAUCAUCGGUGAAAUUGGAUGGCCAACGGAUGGCGACGUGAACGCAAAUUUACAGUCUGCACAGAAAUUUAAUCAGGGUUUUAUGAAGCAUAUUUCAACAGGUCAGGGGACGCCGAUGAGGGCAGGACCGAUUAAUGCGUAUUUGUUCAGUUUAAUCGACGAGGAUCAGAAAAGCAUACAGCCUGGUAAUUUUGAGAGGCACUGGGGUUUGUUUUAUUACGAUGGUCAACCAAAGUAUCAGUUGAGUCUUGGAAGAAACUCGGGGAUUGUUGGGGCCCAAGGGGUUCAGUAUCUUGAUAAGAAGUGGUGUGUGAUGAAGAAUUCGGUAAGUCUUGAUGACUCGAAGGUUGCACCGAGCGUGAGCUACGCUUGUGCGAAUGCUGACUGUACUAGUCUCGGCUAUAAAACCUCAUGCGGGGGCCUUGAUGCCAGAGGAAAUAUAUCGUACGCAUUCAAUAGUUAUUAUCAGAUGAAUGAUCAAGACGACCAGGCUUGUGGGUUUAAUAAUCUAGCGACGAUCACCAACAAGGAUCCAUCAAUGGGCAGCUGUAGGUUCCAGAUAGGGAUCUUGGUUGAAGAUUCUGCAGUCUCGUUGAGAGUCUCAUUCUUGCUGGUUGUCACUGUGGUUUCGUUCUUGUUGAUUUUGAUGUAACUUAAUCGUGCAUUUUGGAUUAUGGUUUGAAACACGACAAUAAUUUGAUCAUGAAAUUCUUUUCAACCUGAAACAAGUGCAUAAAUGUAACGA